AUGAUGCUGUACACUGAUUCUGAUGCCAUGUGGUGCAAAGUAUUCCCAUCUACACUCCUAGGAGUUGCAGCGAGCUGGUAUAAGGGCAUAGAGGCACACUCCAUAUACAGUUUCCGACAGCUGCAGGCGUCGUUUUUGUCACGAUUUGUGAGCAAACAGAAGAGAAAAAAAUCAUCGGGAGAGUUGAUGUCGUUCGCUCAAAGAGAUAGAGAGCCGUUAAGGGAUUAUCUCACCCGCUUUAACAACGAGUCAAUCACUAUUCCCAAUUUGCAGCAGGAGGUUGCUGUUCUGGCUCUUAUGAGGGGAAUGCAAGAGUGCGAAUUCAAGAAAUAUCUCAGCCGGAAGUCAUACACCAAUCUGGGUGACGUCCUGCACAAGGCCAACGAGUACAUCAGGGGGGAUGAAAUGAUGAAGAUCUCCAAUGUGGUAGUGGAAACCGGCGGAAAUGUCGGGUACAAUCCAGGCUAUAACCCACAGACGGGAAAAGGAGGAAAUAAUUUUCAUCAGAGCAAUAAUCAGCAAGGGGCAGGCCAGAGAAACCAGAAUAACAGAAAUGCCAAUCCACAAGGGCAGAGAAGCCGGCAAGACAGAAGGGAGUCCAGAGGACUCUUUGAUAACUACACUCCGCUGAACACACCGCGGACGGCAAUUUAUAACAUAAACAACAAGAUGGACGGCUGGAGAAGGCCGCCACCAAUGCAGAGUAGGGAAAGGAAUGUCAAGAAAUUCUGUGACUUCCAUAAUGAGCACGGCCACCUAACAGAGGACUGCAGAGACCUCAAAGAUAACAUUGAGGAUAUGGUCAGAAAGGGGUAUUUCUCGCAGUAUAGGGCGAGGCAAGGAAAUGGUAACAACAACUCGGUGGGGGGAAACCCUACCAAUUCAUACCGGCCACAACAGCAAAAUCAACAACAAUACCCUAGAAUCGAGCAGUCAUAUCAGCCGCCUAGAAUCGAGCAAAAACAGCCGGAAACCAGUGCCAGUAAUUUCUGGCGGCCCAGUCCACGGAGGGACAAUAAGCGGCGCCAGUAG